AUGGGCUGCUCUUCUGGUUCUGAAGGACGGGUGGGUGGGGCGCUGCCCAGGGGCCUCAGCUGCUGCCCCUCAACCCCCGGCGUGCCCAGCUUUUUUGCCCGCUGGACCUGCUCCCUAUGGAAAAAUGCAGAAUCCCCAAGGCAACGCCUCAAUUCGCCCGUGUCCAUGGCCUCCCCACACCCGCCCCGGUGCGUGCUGCCCUCCUCCCCCGCCCGGGGUGCCCUCCCGCCCACUGUGCCGUGUCCCCAGGUGCACAAGCUGCUGAUCGUGGUGGAGCUGCUGCUGGGCGAGAUCCCCGACCGCCUGCAGUUCCGCCAGCCCUCGCUGAAGCGCUCUCUCAUGCCCUACUUCCUGCUCACACAAGCCGUCAGGACGGGCAACCUGGCCAAGUUCAACCAGGUCCUGGAUCAGUUCGGGGAGAAGUUUCAGGCGGACGGGACCUACACGCUGAUCAUCCGGCUGCGGCACAACGUGAUUAAGACAGCCUUGCUGCUGCUGUGGCACGGUGCACUCUGGCCAGGACAGGAGGCCGCACCCCUGGACCCCGCUGGCCCCCUGCCCCUUCCCCAAAGCUUCCUGCUCAAGUGCUUGGAGCAGGCGCGGAGGGUCCAGGCCAAAGCCCUGGAGAUGCAGCAGAAGCUGGUGAGUGAGUGUGCCACGUACAAGCUGUGCCACCCCGAGGAGCUGGCGCUGCUGGGCCACUCUCUGGGCAUCCUGUGGGUCCCCCUGAGGGGCUGCUCCAGCCAGGACCUACAGCCGACCCGCUGCCUGCACCAGCUGCAGGCUGGCCUGGUCCUCUACCGGGGCCUCCUGCACGCACUGGGGGGAAUCUCCCCGGGACUGUCCCCCACCGUGGACACACUGCAGCUGGACGUCACUGACUUCGCCACCACCAUCUGGCAGCAGAUGGAGGACCUGGGAGUGGCCCCGGCCGUGCAGCCCACCCCGGGCGCCGUGCCCACCUUCACCUCUGCCUUCCAGCGCCAGGUGGGAGGGGCGCUGCUGGCCUGGCAGCUGCAACGCUUCCUGGAGCUGGGCUACCGCGCCCUGCGCUACCUCGGGGGGCCCUGAGCCUGGCCCCUGUGCUGUAUUUAUCUCUGUUUAAUAUUUAUGCCUAUUUAACCCUGUAUUUAAGCUCAGGGAAGAGAUUCCAGCCCAAUGCCCGGGUGCUUCCCUGGGUCUCUCUCAAGUUCCUGCCCGGGCAGCGAGGAGCUCUGUCCUCCCAGAUAGGCAAAUAGCAGGUAUUUCAUCCCGACCG